AAUAAUAAUUUAUUUCAAAAAUAUUAUUGAAAUAAUAUAUAAUAGCACCAAAGAUGAGACAAUUUACAUAUUAAAUGAUCAAACAUAUCAAUUAUUAUAGUCUUCGGACCAAAAAAGGAAUUGCAGAAACUGCGGAAUAUCAUAGAUUUUCGAUCAAAAUCUACUGCAGUACAAUUUACAAUUGAAAGUAUGGAGACAUUUGAGCAUGCAUCUGCAGUAGGAGUAUUUGGUCCAACAGUUCCACAGUUGAUAAUCACAGCUGACACAAAUUCGGAACGACUAUUGACUAACAUUACUUUUUUCAACAGGGUGACAUGAAUAAAAGUCUUACAAGUUCCUUUCCUCAACAAUAUGUGGUGUGAAUAAUAUACGAAUAAAGCUUUUGUUCAAUAAAAGCUCAACAGAAACAGCUGAGAGAGCACUGCACCCAUUUUAAAAUUUGUUUACCAUGCGCUUAUGUACACACAUACAUAUGUAUGUAUAAAUGUGAGCGAUCAGUAUGUUUAUGUGAAAUAAAUAAAACUGUAUUUGUAAAUGACAGUAACAUUGUGAGGUAUACUCAUCGGGGGACAUUCUCUAUUUUUUGAGGAGAACACGGAAAGAAGGCCACAACAUUCAUCACCGGUGGAAUACCGUCUGGGCAUGAAAGGUGAAUCUGAUAUUUGUGAUGUCGCCAGUGCCGCUAAAAUAAUUUUGGACUUUGUAACCAAAACAAAAACAGAUGUGCGACGGUAUACAAAACAAAGCACUUGGGGUAACCAAAGCAACAGAGCAAUGCAUUUGAUGUUGAAAGAAAAUAGUGAUACCCGUAUAUAUGUAUAUUUACAUACAUACAGGGAUAUACAUAUGUAUGUAUGCAUUUGUGCGUAUGUAUACCUUACACAUAUUUCUGUGCAUAAGUAUGCAUGUGUAUUACAUACAUACAGAAAAGGUUUCACAUAGGUUUGUAUUCCACAAUAUUAUAUAUGAAUUAGUAUUGGUGUAUAUAUAUACAUAUAUAUAUAUAUAUGCUUAUAUAUUUAUUUAUGUGUGUAUGUACAAUAAUCAUAUCAUAUAAAUAAGUAAGUACAUAAACAUAGGCAAAUGCUAUUUGCGUACAUUUAUAUGCAUUUCACCGUUUAUCUACUGGGAGGUGUACUUAUAUACACUUUAUCAGCUGAGUUUACAAAGGAGGCUCUCAGCUGUUACUGGACACAUUACCGUACGUACGUAAAUGGAUACGCGUUGGUUUUUUGGUUAAUUGUUUACAGAUUUUAGGCGUAUUACUCGCCUUCAAUAUAGUUGAUAUGUGGCACACAUAUUAUAAAUGUACAUACGAGCACAUAAGUAUGUUCAACAAUGCACUUUUUAUCCUCAAAGUCAAUCCCCUCUUACUAAACAUUCCUUCGUAUCAGCCAACCACAACGUGCACCAACAAAGUCGUAUACAUUUAUUUAUAUGCUAUAUAAGCACAUGCGUAUAUGAGUAAAUAUUUGUAUUUCCAUACACAGCCGAGAGUGACUGCGUCUUUUGCUCAGUUAGUAGUACAUACAUAUAUAUCUGUUUACUGACUGCUCACUAAUCUUUAGUCCGAGGUUAUAAGCGGAAACUUUUGUUGCGCAUCAUCGAGAAAUUCAAUUUAUGGUGUUGUUUAUCGUAUUAACACGGGCGACACUAAUUCAGCAACUCGAAUCGGGCCAUUUUCAGAAUUUCCUUUUAUAUCGUUUUCUCAAAAUCUUGUACAAUUUUCAUUAACUAAUUUUUAUCCUUAUUCACUAUUUUCAAAAAUAUUUCAAUUAUAUUAUGCAUAUUACACAUAUACAAAUAUAAUAAAAUUCAAAUUUCUGAACAUAUUUUAAAUAUUCAUUUAAAAUUCACAAUGAAAAGUAAUGCCGAAUUGCGUAUCAGCGAACUGUUAUGAAAAAAAAACACAAAGCGUAUUGCCCGAGGCUGAACAACUCGGUGUCCUUCAUCUUUCCUCGUCGCUUCUCGUCAACAAACUACGAGCAACAAAAGUCUUCGUGUGUAAACGUAGUCGUAGAAGCUCGCCUACGCAUGAAUUUAAGGUAACGACUCUCUGCAUACAGUCAUACUUAUCUCACUAAUACAUAUGCAGAUGGAAAGACGCCAAAUGUGGGGAGGUUGAAUUUUGAAAAUGUGAUAAAGAAAAUCGCAAUGAUUGAGGCCAGAAAAGUGAGUGCUUCGCUCUAUUCACAGUCAGACAUUGUUCAAACCUCAAAGAAAACGGGUGUUCGGACUUAAACGCUUACUUAUGUGCAGAAAACCACCAAGAGUGUAGUGAGGAAAAAUUAGUACAAAAUAAAAGUGCUGCAAUGAAAUUAAGUUGAAAUUUCGAGUGUUUUAUCAAAAUCAAAAGUACAAAACUAAACAAAGGCAAAGCUCAAGCAAAUAAAUGAAUACAACGUGUUUAAAGUGUUACGCACAAACCUACCAUUUUCGGACAUUUUCCAAAGUACAUAUGAAAUAUUUCAACUAGCUUAUGCUACUCUCUAACCUUGUGCCGGAGACAUAGCUAUAACUUUUAACGUCCUUUAACGUCCUUCAUUGAACAGAAUAUAGUGGGGAGAAUAAUAAAAAAUAAUAAUAAUUCAAUCCAAUACCAAACCAGGAAGUAUCUUGUAGAAAAUAUGGCUCUACGUUGUGCUGGUCUGUUUAUUAAUAAGGAGCUUGCAGCAUCCUCACAGUUUCUAUCUCAAUUCCGUAACCUUAAUAUGACCUCUGUGCGUCAAGCGCAUUUCCUCAAGAAUUCGCCGAAUGCAGCGCUGAGCAAAACAUUGUUAGAUCGCUAUCGCACGCUUGAAACUCCAAAAGAUCUUGUUCAGGCAACUUAUCUUUGGAUCGAUGGAACUGGUGAAAACAUCCGCUUGAAGGACCGUGUCUUGAAUAAGAUACCAAAAAGUGUGGAAGAUCUACCUAACUGGCAGUAUGAUGGAAGCUCAACAUACCAAGCUUCUGGUGAAAAUUCAGACACCACUCUAACACCGCGUGCCAUAUAUCGGGAUCCCUUCAAGCCUGGUCAAAACGAUAUUAUUGUUAUGUGUGAUACUUACACAUCUGAAGGUAAACCAACGCCAUCCAACAAACGCGCUGCCUGUCAAGCAGCUAUAGAAAAAGUUAUUGAUCAAGAACCCUGGUUCGGUAUAGAACAGGAAUAUACGUUGCUUGAUGUUGAAGGCCGUCCCUUCGGCUGGCCAGAAGGUGGCUUUCCUGCGCCUCAAGGACCCUACUACUGCGGAGUGGGAGCCGAUCGUGUUUACGCCCGAGAUUUAGUAGAAGCUCAUGCCAUUGCAUGCUUGUAUGCUGGUAUCGAUUUUGCUGGCACCAAUGCCGAAGUUAUGCCCGCUCAAUGGGAAUACCAAGUAGGCCCUAGCAUUGGCCUCAAAGCUGGUGAUGACCUGUGGGUUUCACGUUAUAUUCUACAACGCAUUGCUGAAGAAUAUGGGAUUGUUGUUACAUUCGAUCCCAAGCCAAUGGAUGGGCCAUGGAACGGGGCUGGUGCCCAUCACAAUUUCUCUACUAAAGCUAUGCGUGGUGAUGGCGGUAUGAAAGUCAUAGAAGAAGCUAUUAAAAAACUAAGCAAGCAGCAAGAGCGCCACAUUCGUGCCUACGAUCCAAAGGAAGGCAAGGAUAAUGAACGACGUUUGGUCGGCCGUUUGGAAACCUCAAGUAUCGAUAAGUUCUCUUGGGGCAUUGCGAACCGUGGCACCAGUGUUCGUAUUCCACGUGGUGUAGCAAGUGCAGGUAAAGGUUACUUUGAAGAUCGUCGUCCUAGCUCGAAUUGCGAUCCAUAUGCUGUUUGUAACGCUUUGGUGAGAACCUGCUUGCUUGAUGAAUAAACUCAGUUAGCAACAAGCAGCCCAUAAAUUGAGAGAGUGAAAGCCGAUAUAUGUAUGUACAUAUACAGAAACUACAAACGGAGAAUAUUAUGCCAUACAUAUGUACACAUAUCAGCUUAAGCACAUAUGCACAUACAUAAAUCUGUGAAAUUGGGCACUAUGUAGAGGAAAGCAUAUUUAAAGAAUAUGCAAAUUUUCAGAAGAAAAAUGGGGAACAUUCGGUACAUAAAUAAAUGUUAUUAAAUGUGAAAUUAAACUCAAUCUAAACGAUAUCUAUAAAACAUUUAAUGUCAAAGAUGUAUUGCCUGUUGAAAUUUCAUCGACACCAUAAUUUAUAUAAAUACAUACAUACUUACAUACAUAUGUAUAAGUACAUUAUCUUUUUAAGGGGAGGGCCAAAAACCAAAAUAUCUAUUGUAUAAUAAAUAUACAUAUACCUAAGUAAUAUUUAUAGAAAGAAAAAAUUAAUCUCUUUGAAAUGGAUGAAUGUAAUUAUUUUGUUAUAGAUUAAUGUAUGUAUGGUAUAUUCUUACAUACCAAAAUAUUCCAUUAUAUAUUACUUGAACAAUUUCUAUUUUCUACUGAUAUUUUUUGUAAUCUAUGUAUAUUUUUUAAUUCACAACAACAAUUAUACGUUUAUGAUCUUACUUUUUCAACAUAACUGACACAGUACUGAUUCCAGUGAAAAGUUAUUCCAAAUACAUGGAAGACAAUGUGGAAUGGGAAAAGUGGAAUGAGAAACUCCAGAAUUUAUACUAAUAAUGAAUAGUUGAAUUGCCAAAAAAAUAGCAUUAAACAAAAGAGCACAAAGCAAAAUGAGGAGCGUACAUUUAAUAAAAUCUUAUGUGAUUGUUAUUAUGAAUAGGUUGAGUAACUCACAAUGAUACAAAGAAAAAAUAGUUGAAUAAAAGAAAAAUCAUUAAAAAA